CAAUUCUUCCAACAAAGACAUCCCAUUUGUUGCUUGAUGUAAUAGGGAAAGAUUAAAAAAAAAAAAAAAAAAUAUCAGAAUGAAAUUUUUGUAUUGAACUCAAAAGUAAAAGAAAAAAGGCAUGCUCUAAAGCCUUUGUCAUAAAAAAAAAAUAUAUAAAAAAUAACAAUAAUAAAAAAGAGCAACAGAGAGAAAAAGGAGAGAGAAAGAAGAAUCUUUUGGUCUGUGACUUAAGCCCACCACCCAGUAACACACUCUCUCUCUCUAUCUCCCUCUCUCUCUCUCUCUCUCUCUCUGUCUUUACACUCUCACUCUAACUUCAGGGAUAGACCUUCUUAAACGCUUGAGUUUUUCUGGGUUGCCGUUUCAUUAAUUGCAGUUUGAAGUUUUCUUUGUAGAACUCUAACAGGGGAAAUAAACAAAGUUCGAAUCUUUUUCUAUUCCCAGCUGAGCAAAAGUUCAUUCAUUUGUCUUAAAAAAAUGGUUUCGAGGUCUUAUUCGAACUUGCUAGAUCUUAUUUCGGGUGAUUCGCCGACCUUCGGUCGAGAGAAGAAGAGACUUCCACGGGCAACAACAGUUGCCGGAGCAUUAUCUGAACUAGAUGAUGAUAAUUGUAACAGUGUUGGCUCCGAUGCUCCAUCAUCGGUUUCUCAAGAAAGGAUGAUCAUUGUGGGAAACCAGCUUCCACUUCGGGUGCAUCGAAAAGAAAAUGGGGAGUGGGACUUCAGCUGGGACGAAGACUCACUCCUUUUGCAACUCAAAGAUGGACUAGGUGAAGAUGUGGAAGUGAUCUAUAUCGGCGGCCUUAAAGAAGAAAUUGACCUGGAUGAGCAAGAUGAUGUAGCUCAAACUUUACUUGAUUCUUUCAAAUGUGUCCCUGCAUUUCUCCCUCCUGAGCUUUUUAGUAAAUUCUACCAUGGAUUCUGUAAACAGCAUCUGUGGCCCUUGUUCCACUACAUGCUUCCUCUGUCACCGGAUCUUGGUGGUCGGUUCGACAGGUCUCUAUGGCAAGCUUACCUUUCAGUGAACAAGAUUUUUGCUGAUAAAGUGAUGGAAGUGAUUAGCCCUGAUGAUGAUUUUGUGUGGGUUCAUGAUUACCAUUUGAUGGUUCUUCCAACCUUCUUGAGGAAAAGGUUUAAUAGGGUGAAGCUCGGUUUUUUCCUCCAUAGUCCAUUCCCUUCCUCUGAGAUUUACAGGACACUUCCUGUAAGAGAUGAACUUCUAAGAGCACUUCUGAACUCCGAUCUUAUUGGCUUCCACACUUUUGAUUAUGCUAGGCACUUCCUUUCUUGUUGUAGUAGAAUGCUUGGUCUUUCUUAUCAAUCCAAAAGGGGCUACAUAGGGCUAGAGUAUUAUGGUCGAACGGUGAGCAUUAAGAUUCUUCCUGUUGGUAUACAUAUAGGCCAACUCCAAUAUGUGUUGAACCUUCCUGAGACUGAAUCCAAAGUUGCAGAGUUGAGAGAUCAGUUUAGGGAUCAAACUAUUUUGCUUGGGGUUGAUGACAUGGAUAUCUUUAAGGGAAUAAGCUUGAAACUUUUGGCCAUGGAACAAUUGCUUAUACAGCAUCCUGAUAAGAGAGGUAAAGUUGUUUUGGUUCAAAUUGCGAACCCUGCAAGGGGCAGGGGGAGAGACGUACAGGAGGUCCAAUCCGAAACAAAUGCCACGGUUGGUAGAAUUAAUGAGACAUUUGGUCGGCCAGGAUAUCAACCUGUGGUCUUGAUUGAUAUCCCACUUCAGUUUUACGAGCGAAUUGCUUAUUAUGUACUUGCGGAAUGCUGUCUUGUUACGGCGGUGAGGGAUGGUAUGAAUCUCAUACCCUAUGAAUAUAUAAUAUGCCGGCAAGGAAAUGAGAAACUAGAUGAGACUUUGAGGUUAAACCCUGAAAGCCCAAAAAAAAGCAUGCUGGUUCUAUCCGAGUUUAUUGGCUGCUCUCCUUCCCUAAGUGGGGCAAUUCGAGUUAAUCCAUGGAACAUUGAUGCUGUUGCUGAAGCAAUGAAUUCUGCUCUUGUAGUUGCUGAAUCAGAGAAACAAUUGCGACAUGAGAAACAUCAUAGGUAUGUGAGCACACAUGAUGUUGGAUAUUGGGCGCGAAGCUUUUGGCAGGAUCUUGAAAGGGCAUGUAGAGAUCAUGUUAGGAGGAGGUGCUGGGGUAUUGGUUUUGGUUUAGGUUUCCGAGUGAUUGCUUUGGAUCCGAAUUUCAGAAAGCUUUCAAGUGAGCAUAUUGUUUCAGCUUAUAAGAGAACCAAGAACCGAGCAAUUUUGUUGGAUUAUGAUGGGGCUGUGAUGCUACCAAGCUCUAUUAGCGCAACUCCUAGCUCAGAGGCUGUUGGUAUCUUAAACAGCUUGUGCAGAGACCCUAAAAAUAUUGUCUUCCUUGUUAGUGGCAAAGAUAGAAAGACUCUGACAGAAUGGUUUUCUUCUUGUGAACUGCUUGGGAUUGCAGCAGAGCAUGGUUAUUUUCUGAGGCCAAACCAGGAAGCAGAUUGGGAAACUUGUGCCUCAAUUCCAGAUUUUGACUGGAAGCAAAUUGCUGAACCGGUAAUGCAGUUAUAUGCUGAAACAACUGAUGGUUCUACGAUAGAGAGCAAAGAGAGUGCUCUUGCUUGGAAUUACCAGCAUGCAGAUCCGGACUUUGGCUCAUGUCAAGCUAAGGAGCUUCUUGAUCACCUUGAAAGUGUUCUUGCUAAUGAGCCAGUUUCUGUCAAGAGUGGCCAGCACAUUGUAGAAGUUAAACCUCAGGGUGUGAACAAGGGCCUUGUAGCAGAACGUCUCCUCGUGACGAUGAAACAGAAGUCUAUACUUCCAGAUUUCGUUCUCUGUAUCGGGGAUGACCGAUCUGAUGAGGACAUGUUCGAGGUGAUAGCGAGCGCAAAAGACUCACUCUCUCCGGUAGCUGAAGUAUUUGCUUGCACUGUUGGCCGGAAACCGAGCAAGGCCAAGUAUUACUUGGAAGACACAACUGAGAUUCUGAGAAUGCUGCAGGCCCUUGCUAGUGCUUCAGAGCAGGCUGCUGCUAGAAAUGCUCCACAAAAUACCCAGAGAGCCUUUGUUGCAUAGAGUAAAAUAGGUCUGUGUCACUGUCUCUAUCCAAAACCGUUAACCACCAUAAAAGGUCAAGAUGGUUGGGGUCACAAUUAUAGGGGUAUAUUGGGUUGGUCCUGUGUGGAAUUUCUUGGAUUCAUUUAGACACUCAGCUUUUUAUUUGACUGCUUGCUGCAAAGUACCUGAAAUGGGUUAGAUUCAUUACUAUAUAUAAUAACUAUAUAUAUUAUAUACUCCUUGUUAUGCAUUGAGCAUGGCUAUUUUGGGAUUCUUUUCUCUUGAAUUUUGUUUAUGAUAUGGGAUUUUCUUCUAUUAAUUAAUUAAUUAAUUUUUUA